UCUUAAUUAAAUGGGAAAUCCCUGGGCCUGGCUUGCCCAACCUUCAAGCCAGAGCUUCUAUAAAUUGUUAGAUCGCUGAGCAAGAAACAAAAAGGAGUAGACAGCGGAAAAGAAGAAAGAAAAAGAAAAGAAAAGAAAAAUCCAACUGCCAAUUUGAACCAUGAGCAACGAGGGAGAAGACGGAGCUCGCCGGCGUACAGCCGUGGCGGAAUACCGAAAAAAGUUACUCCAACACAAAGAAUUGGAGUCCAGAGUUCGAACUGUGAGGGAGAAUUUGAGAUCUGCAAAGAAAGAUUUCAACAAGACAGAGGAUGAUUUGAAGUCUCUUCAAAGUGUUGGUCAAAUUAUAGGAGAAGUUCUCCGUUCUCUUGACAAUGAACGCUUGAUUGUUAAAGCAAGCAGCGGACCCCGUUAUGUGGUUGGGUGCCGCAGCAAAGUGGAUAAGGAAAAACUGAUUCAAGGGACUAGAGUUGUCCUUGACAUGACAACACUCACAAUCAUGCGAGCUCUUCCACGUGAAGUUGAUCCAGUCGUUUAUAAUAUGUUGCAUGAAGAUCCUGGUAAUGUAAGUUACUCAGCUGUGGGUGGUUUAUCUGACCAAAUCAGAGAAUUGAGGGAGUCCAUCGAGCUACCUCUCAUGAACCCUGAGCUUUUCCUCCGAGUGGGGAUUAAACCUCCCAAGGGUGUUCUACUUUAUGGACCUCCUGGUACAGGAAAGACAUUGUUGGCUAGGGCUAUUGCAAGUAACAUAGAUGCCAACUUCUUAAAGGUUGUUUCAAGUGCCAUUAUUGAUAAAUACAUUGGAGAAAGUGCUAGGUUGAUACGAGAAAUGUUUGGAUAUGCACGUGAUCACCAACCCUGUAUCAUUUUCAUGGAUGAGAUUGAUGCCAUCGGUGGACGCCGUUUUAGUGAGGGUACAAGUGCUGAUCGUGAAAUUCAAAGAACAUUGAUGGAGUUACUUAAUCAACUUGAUGGCUUUGAUCAGCUUGGAAAGGUGAAAAUGAUAAUGGCCACAAAUCGACCUGACGUUCUUGACCCUGCACUUUUACGUCCUGGGCGAUUAGAUAGAAAGAUAGAGAUUCCAUUGCCAAAUGAACAAUCAAGAAUGGAAAUCCUUAAGAUUCAUGCUGCUGGAAUUGCCAAGCAUGGGGAUAUUGACUAUGAGGCUGUUGUGAAACUUGCAGAGGGUUUUAAUGGAGCUGAUCUCCGCAACGUUUGCACAGAAGCUGGAAUGUCAGCAAUCCGUGCCGAACGUGAUUAUGUCAUCCAUGAGGAUUUUAUGAAGGCUGUAAGGAAACUGAACGAGGCAAAGAAACUUGAAUCAAGUGCACACUAUAAUGCUGAUUUCGGGAAGGACUAGAAGUUCAUUUCUUAGAGCCAUGGAGCAAAGGGCAGUGCAUUUGUUUCAAAUAAAUUUGUACUUUUUUUUUUGGUUUUUCUAUUUUAACGUUGUAGGAGUAUUUUAAAUAUAUGGGUUUCAGUCUUAAAAUUUUCAAUUAUUGUACCUCAUUAGCCUUUAAAUGUGUUAUCCGGUGAAUUUCAUUUGGUUCUACAAGGAAUAUAUAGUAUACAGUGCUUGGAUAACCAUUGCCAUGGCA